UUCUCCGUCCCUCUAUCUCGACGGCGUCGCCGCCGUUUUCUGCCGCCUCCAUGUCCGUCCCCGCAGAGAGCUCUCACCCGGGGGAGGAAGGCCGCGCUACUCCUCAUGCCCGGUACACGAAGCAGAGCGGGACGGCGAUCGACAGACUCGCCGACGAUCUCCUCGUCGAGAUCCUCUCGCGCGUCCCCGCCAAGUCGCUCCUCCGCUUCAGGUGCGUCUCCAGCCACUGGCUGGCGCUCAUCGACCACCCCGACCACCGCAAAAGGCUGCCCCAAACCCCGGCCGGCUUCUUCUACGACAACAAGUACACCGGCGAGUGGUUUCUGCAACCACCUCCCCACUUCACCAGUUUCCCAGGGAGACGGUGCCCUCCGAUCGACACCUCUUGCUCCUUCCUGCCCAACCAUGAGCGCGUCCAUCUGUUGGCCUGCUGCAGCGGCCUCCUCCUCUGCCGCUGGCGCGACGCCUCCGCGCAGGGUGACGAGUUCCGUUAUGUCGUGUGCAAUCCCGCCACGGAGAAGUGGGUCGUGUUGCCGAGCUCCGGCAAGGCCACCAGCGAGGUGGCCACCGCACGUUUGGGCUUCGACCCAGCCCUGUCGUCGCAUUUCCAUGUGUUUGAGUUGGUAGAUGAGCAGGAGCCAAACUGGCACCCUCACAUCGCCGGAGUGGCAGUGUAUUCGUCUGAAACUGGAGCAUGGGUUUAUAAACAAGAGAGAUGGAACAAGCAAAUUAGGCCCAUUGAUCGUCGGUCAGUAUUUGUCUUUCUUAAUGGCCACCUGCAUUUUCAACCCAGCGCCCGUUGGUUAUCCCAUCAUCUAGCCAUGGUAGACACAGAGGGGGAAACAUGGAUGAACUUCAGUCUCCCUGGUGGUUUGGAUGAUGGUUUUAUUCAGCGAUCACAAGACCGCUUGCAUUAUGCCAAUUUUCAGGGAUAUGGAGGUGGUGCCAUUCGAUUAGUAGUUUAUGUUCUGGACAACUAUCAAAGCAGAAAAUGGAUAUUGAAGCACAGCAUCGAAGCUUCAUACAUAUUUCGAGGGAUGGAUGCCUACCUUCUUGGUCGUUUUGGAUGGGCUGCGAUGGAUUUUGGUUGGAUUGCGAUUCAUCCGGAAUGCAACACGAUAUUCUUCAAAGGGGGCAUUUGAUGAUCAAAUAUACCCUGGAAGAUGGCCAGCCGCCAUAUCUGCCAUAUGUGCCAUUGUAUGCAGAGUUACGGUCAUUGCACAUUUGACAUCAGUCUGAGUUGGUGGCUUUAUAAGAAGUGGAUCUUCGACAAACACUAGUUCUUUGUGCUAUGGAACAGCCUGGUUGGUAUGUUUGCUCGAACUGGGCUAUUGUUUUAUCUGACUGAUGUAUGCAUGCUUUUAUGUUUCGAGUGUGGUGGUUCGCUAUGGAGUGAACUUGGGUGAUUAGUUAUCCAAAUUUGUACUGAACUUUCUGUUGCCCGUAUUGGUUUCUGCAUGCCAAUGGUUUUG